ACAAACUUUCCUGAAAAGAUCAUCUCCUCGUUGAAGCUUAAACAUCGACAACUCCGAUAAAGAACAGAUCUUUUUUUGUUCCACAGCUUGUUGUCUUCUUAGUAGACAAGCCACUAAAGAUAUUCAUUACAAAUCUAAAAUGGAGCAUCUGGUGGAAGCAAGGCUUGACGAGAUCCGUAGACUAAUAGGCAAAGCCGACGACGAUCCGUUAAAGAUCGUAGGGGUAGGCGCCGGCGCGUGGGGAAGCGUCUUCAUCGCAAUGCUACAAGAGAACUACGGCGCCUACAGAGAGAAACUCAGCGUCCGAAUCUGGAGAAGAGGAGGGAGAGCGAUCGACAAGGGCACGGCGCAGCAUCUCUUCGAAGUGAUCAACUCGAGGGAGGAGCUGCUGAGGAGGCUGAUAAGACGGUGCGCGUAUCUCAAGUACGUGGAGGCCAGGCUGGGGGACAGGGUGCUGUACGCGGACGAGAUACUGAAAGACGGGUUCUGUCUGAACAUGAUCGAGACGCCUCUGUGUCCUCUGAAAGUGGUGACGAAUCUUCAGGAGGCGGUUUGGGAUGCUGAUGUUGUGGUGAACGGUUUGCCUUCGACUGAGACGUUUGGGGUGUUUAGUGAGAUUAGUGAGUACUGGAAGGAGAGGGUUACGGCUCCUGUGAUUAUUUCUUUGGCUAAAGGUGUGGAAGCUGAGUUUGAACCUCAUCCAAGGAUUGUUACUCCUACUCAAAUGAUCUACCGAGCGACUGGAAUCCCUCUUGAGAACAUUUUAUACCUUGGGGGACCAAACAUCGCUUCAGAGGUAUACAACAAAGAGUACGCUAAUGCACGGAUCUGUGGGUCUGAGAAAUGGAGGAAGGCAUUGGGGAAGUUUCUAAGGCAGUCUCAUUUCAUAGUGUGGGAUAACAGUGACCUUGUUACUCAUGAAGUAAUGGGUGGUUUGAAGAAUGUGUAUGCCAUAGGCGCAGGAAUGGUGGAUACACUGACGAGAGAAAGUGCGACGAGCAAAUCAGUAUACUUUGCGCACUGUACUUCGGAGAUGAUUUUUAUUACUCAUCUAUUGGCCAAGGAGCCAGAGAAGCUUGCGGGGCCUUUGCUCGCGGAUACCUAUGUAACGUUGCUUAAAGGUCGUAAUGCGUGGUAUGGUCAGAAGCUCGCGAAAGGAGAACUUAACCUUGGAAUGGGCGAUAGCAUCAAAGGCAAGGGAAUGAUCCAGGGGGUUUCUGCGGUGAAAGCGUUUUUCGAGUUAUUAAACCAAUCCUCGUUAAGUCUUCAACACCCUGAACAAGGCAAACCUGUAACUCCUGCUGAGCUCUGUCCCAUCUUGAAGAUGUUGUACAGAAUUCUUAUAACAAGGGAGUUCUCAUGUGAGGCUGUUCUUGAGGCGUUGAGGGAUGAGACAAUGAAUGACCCACGUGAACUCAUCGAGAUUGCUCACAGCCAUCUCUUCUUCCAGCCGUCCCUUCUUGGUCAGAAACCUUGAUCACACUUUUUGUCUUUGUUUAUAAGUUUCUCUGCUAGGCUUUGGUGCAGACUUGUUUGUAACUUUGAGGAUUGAUAUAUAGUCUGUGAAUUUCCUUAUCAGAAAUACAAAGAGCAGAUAGAGUUGUAAUUUGUGUACUUUCCUAGUGAAGUCAGUCCGUCUGUUUCAGAUACACUUUUGACUUUCUAUUUAUCUGAAUAUUUGAAAUA